GCCCCACCCUUUUCUUUUCUUCCCCAAGUCCCAUCUUGGAGAAGAAGAAGAAGAAGGGCCGCGCUGCCACCAAAAUCGCACGCGAGACGCAAGAGAUCCCCAAACCCUACCUACACUCGCCCGCCCGCCGGCGCACUCGGGGAUCGUCGAAUCGAGCAGGUUGACGGAGGAGGAAGAAGGGGAGCGUCGAGGAUGUUCCGCAACCAGUACGACACCGACGUGACCACAUGGAGCCCCCAGGGGCGGCUGUUCCAGGUGGAGUACGCCAUGGAGGCCGUCAAGCAGGGCUCCGCCUGCGUCGGGCUCUGCUCCCGCACCCACGCCGUCCUCGCCGCCGUCAACAAGCCCGCCUCCGAGCUCUCCUCCUACCAGCGGAAGGUGUUCCGCGUCGCUGAGCACGCCGGGGUCGCGCUCGCCGGACUCACCGCCGACGGGCGCGUCCUCUCGCGAUUCCUCCGCAACGAGUGCAUCAACCACUCCUUCGUCUACGAGGCGCCGCUCCCCAUCUCCAGACUCGCGCUCAAGCUCGCCGACAAGGCGCAGGUUUGCACACAGCGGUCAUGGAAGAGGCCCUAUGGUGUUGGCCUCCUUGUUGCUGGACUGGAUGAGUCGGGAGCUCAUCUGUAUUACAACUGCCCCAGCGGGAACUACUUUGAGUACCAGGCAUUCGCCAUUGGUUCUCGCUCUCAAGCCGCCAAGACUUUCCUGGAGCGCAGGUUCCAGGGCUACAAGGACUACACCCCUGAGCAGCUCAUCAAGGAUGCCCUCUCUGCCAUAAAGGAGACACUGCAAGGUGAGAAGCUGUCGAGCUCCAACUGCACCGUGGCCAUUGUCGGCAGGAAGGACGAUGGCACCAUCGAGCCAUUCGAGAUGAUUGGCGCGGCAAGGAUCCAAGAACUUAUCGACUCCAUGGAGGUCGCUGAGGAGGCGCCCGUGGAGGCCUCUUCCUCCAUGCAGGAGGAGGAGAGGGGCUCAGAAGAUGCUGCUGCACCCAUGGACAUCUAGGCCUGGGAUUAGGGGCCUCAUAUGAACCCACCCUUACACUGCAUUCCGAGUUCCCAAAGACUAGACUGCUUCUUUAGAAAAUUGUUAUUGUGUUGUGACUCUUGUGUACUCUUUGCUUCCAAAAAAACUUUGCGAUGGUCUCCCCGACGAACAGUUGCAGUUGCUUGGAUUUGGACUGAUUAUUUAUCAUGUGAUGCAAACAUAACGUUUUGGUUUUGGAGGCCAGCUAGACGUG